GGUCUCGGGGACCAGGCUGCUUUCAGGCAGCAGGGGGGCAGCGCGUCUGCCCCUGUUCAACCUUGUAAGGAUGAUUCCUCAAAAAAAAAAAGCUUAUGCGCAGGCGAGGACGUGGCUGCAGCAGCUGUGGGCCUGCGUUGCGCCCCAGGCAGCGGCGCCGCCAGUGACGGACGCGGGCUUCAUGCUGGGGGACCGCAUGGGUAUGUGGGCCUCAGGCCCGCGGGGGGCGGGCGCGCUGCUGUGGAGCACUUUGCGGGCCACCUUCUUGUACGCCGUCUGGUGUGCGUACUGGUCCCGCGAGCCUGCUAAGCAGACGUCGGAGCAUGUGGUUCGGGAGGUUGUCAGCGAGCUGCGCAGGGUGAUGCAGCUGCGUUUCACUGCCGCCACGCUAACCCCUCAAACCCUGUCGGCUCUGCCCACUCAGCUUCUCACCGCUCAGCUCAAGGCGGCUAAGCUGGAGCACUUUGUUGCCAUCUGGUCGGCGGGUGGCGCGCUUUGUGAAGUGGAGGAGGUUCAGGCUCUGGCUGGCGUCGCAGCGCCUGGGCGGCUGUGGGACUUCCUGCACAGCGCGUCUUGCAGCGGGCUGGAGCCCGCUUAAAUUAGUCAGCGCCACAUCUGGCCCGUUUAGUUCUCUGCUUGUGUCUCCUCUGCCGGUUCUCCUGGGGUGUUGCUUAAGCAACCGACUUGUGGGGUGGGUGGGUUUGGGCGGGGCGAGUGCGUAGCGCUGGUGUUUCGUUUCUGGCGCGCGGUGGUGGUGGUUCUUGCGGUUAGGCUGUGGUGUAGGUUGGUGCUUGGGUUAGGUCUGG